GUAAGGACUGUUUUUGUAAAUUAAAGGCGUGGGAUUUCAAUCUUGAACACUUUUCUGAAGGGUAAAAAGCAAGACGUGGCCAAAUAAGCUCCAGAAAAUAUGAAAAAGAAACAGGGUAUUUAUUUGUUCAUUUCAUUAGCAACCUCAAAAAAAUUCAAAACUAAUUUUAAAUUUUCUUGAUAAUAUUUGUGGAUAAGAUUUCACCUAAAUGAGAGUAGACAACGAUUUCUUACAUGCAAAAAACAUAUAUUCAUCUUCCAUCAUGCAUACCCAGUCUCCCUUGCAUCCUGCUUCACUCAAACAGGAUCUCCCAAGAAGAAUAAGAUCAUGAACUUGAGGUGAAAGUUUGUUUCAUAAAAAUAGAGAAUCAUUUUCAUGUGAAAUGGGAGAAAAUGGUAAAGAAAGGUUACAUUCUGUCAUCAUCAAGAAGCACCGAAAUGGACCAAUCACAAGCAAGUCAAAGAUUCAAGCAUCAACUACCAUGGAAACACAUCUUGAUGAAAAGAUCCAUUCGGGAACAGUUUCAGCAGUUGUAAGUUCAAGAACUCAAUCACGUUGCAACAUCUGCAUGGAAGAAAAAAACAACAGUUGCCAAAUAGUUCGAUCAAGAACAAAACUAAUGAAGAUCUUGAUCGAAAGAAAAAAGCCACAAGAAGUCCAAUCAAUCAUGAAAGAUUUAAUCGAAGAUGGACACAUUCCAACUUUAGUCACAUACACAACUCUCCUAGCAGCUUUAACACUCCAAAAACGUUUCAAUUCCAUUCCAUCUCUCCUUUCAAAAGUCGAAUCCAAUGGCUUAAAACCCGAUUCCAUCUUCUUCAAUGCCAUCAUCAACGCCUUUUCUGAAUCCGGAAACAUGAAAGAAGCCAUGAAAAUGUACAAGAAAAUGAAGGAUAGUGGAUGUAAGCCAACAACAAGUACUUUAAACACUUUAGUUAAAGGACUUGGAAUCAUUGGGAAACCCGAAGAAUGUUUAAAGUUAUUGGAAAUAAUGACAGUUGAAGAGAAAGUGAAGCCGAAUGAUAGAACGUUUAAUAUUAUCGCUCAAGCUUGGUGUAGUAAGGGGAAUAUUAUAGAAGCUUGGAAUGUUGUGGAUAAGAUGGUUGUUUUUGGUAUAAAGCCUGAUGUUGUGACGUAUAAUACGAUUGCAAAAGCUUAUGCGAUGAAUGGAGAUACGUAUAGAGCUGAAGAGAUGAUUUUUCAGAUGCAGUAUCAUAAAGUGGCGCCAAAUAAACGAACGUGUGGGAUUAUAGUUAAUGGGUAUUGUAGAGAAGGUAAUAUGAUGGAUGCUAUGAGAUUUGUUUAUAGGAUGAAGAAUCUUGGAGUGCCUCCAAAUGAUGUUGUCUUCAAUUCGCUCAUCAAAGGGUUUCUUGAUACUUCAGAUUCUGAUGGAGUUGAUGAGGCACUAAAGUUAAUGGAUGAAUUCGGGGUGAAACCAGAUGUGAUUACAUUCAGCACAAUUAUGAAUGCAUGGAGUUCAGUAGGAUUAAUGGAAAAAUGUCAAGAUAUCUUUGACGAAAUGAUGAAAGCUGGAAUAGAACCAGACAUUCAUGCAUUCAGUAUCUUAGCAAAAGGCUAUGUCCGAGCUGGAGAACCCAAGAAAGCCGAAUCACUUUUGCAAGUUAUGAAAGAAUCAAACGUAAGCCCAAAUGUUGUCAUCUUCACUACUAUCAUUAGUGGAUGGUGUAGUUUAGGAAAGAUGGAUUAUGCUAUGAGGGUUUUCAAUGAAAUGGGCAAAAUGGGUAUUUCACCUAAUUUGAAAACCUUUGAAACUUUGAUUUGGGGGUAUGGAGAAGCAAGACAACCAUGGAAAGCCGAAGAGUUGUUGCAGAUCAUGGAGGAAAAAGGGAUUGCUCCACAGAACAACACUAUUGAGCUUGUUGCAGAUUCAUGGCGUGCUAUUGGUGUUAACAACGAAGCUCAAAGGAUCAUGGAUCAUGUUGAAGAAGAAGAUAAUGAUGAUUAUAAUGAAAAUGACGAUGGAAUACUUGAUUCGGGUGUGAAAUCAAGAAGCAGAAUUGUGGUCAAAAGGUCAAAGUUUUCACCAGAAAGCUUGAGUAGUGAGACAAGAAAGCCGAUUUUGAUUGCACAUAGUUGUCGAUUUGGGGUGAAAGCCAUGACAAUGUUUCAGAAAGAGGUUAAAGUUAAAGUACAAUUUGCAUUUUCAGGGCAUAUGAACAGUUACAAAUUGGUGUUUUGAGGUUAGUAAACUAUGGAUAUGAAGUAGAAAGCCUCUUGAAGUGAUUAUGAAGACUUUGUAAUCAAGAAUUGUGUAAUUUCUGUAUAAAGAAUGCCUAGAUUCAUACACAUUGUAUUCCCAUCUCAACACAAGAAGUUAUGUACAUGUUCUUUGAUCUAUUGUCUCUUCUAAAGUUGAAUCAAAAUAUUAAAUUUGUUUACUUAAGAGAUACAUAGAGAAUCCAUAUCAGCAGCUUUCACAAAACCUCACAUUUACACAAAACAUAUAAAGUAAAUAUCUUGAAUAUCUGCUCUGAUGAUAUGUGCUUAACACGAACACUUUCGAACAUAGGCGUCUUGAAUACCAAUUGCUUUCUUCACACAGACCCCCUCUUGAGAUGCAACAAAUACCAAACAAUAACAAAAUGAAGAUAUGUAAACAAAACCUUAUGCUGAAAGAAUCAAGAAAUAAGGCAUCAUUGAUAAGAAUUACAACAUGAAUAAAUUCAGACAUAUGCUUGUCAUUGUGUAAGAUUUUCUUAAUCACUUGCCAAGAAAAAUUGAAAUUGAACAAACAGAUAAAAAGCAUAAAAUCAGUAAAUUGGGAUUCAGUUUAUGGGUGGUGAUAUAACAGAGUGGUCGGCAAGGUGAUUAUUCAUCACCAUUACGACGAACGAGACCUUAUCACAUGUAGUCGUCAUUAUCCCUUCUCAAUCGAUUUAAAAUUAAUAAAUAAAUAAAUAAAACGGAAUUUUAGGGUUCAUCAGAUAGGAGCGAAAGACUAAAAAGAUGUUUAAUCAUAUAGUAUCAUUUGAACUAUGCAAAAUCAUCACUUGAACCUCUCAAUUUCCACUAACAGAUAAGGAAAAUUCAAAACGCCUCAGAAGGAAGGCAGUAUUUUGUGUAAUCAUGAUUCAUUCUUACGCAAACAUCAAUACAAUCAUCAUUGGCUGGUGAAAAAAACAAAAAGAUACAAAAUUCCAUGGCCUCAUAGAGAAGAUUAGAUUUAACAACAUGGUUAAGUUCAGACAUAUGCUUGUCUUUAAUUUAGAAUUUAAUCAUCGGCCAUUUCCAGAAAAACUCAAAUCAAUGAGAACAUUGAAUUAAGAAGUAAAUAUAAUCAAUUAAAGACAUUUGUGCAAGACUUUCAUGGAAGAAAGAAAUCAAUUGGCUCAGUUUAUGGGUGGUGAUAUAACAGUUUGGUCGGCAAGGUGAUUAUAAAUCACCAUUACGACGAACGAGACCUUAUCACAUGGAGUCGUCAUAGCCCUUUUAAUGAAAAAACUGAAAACCUCGUAAGAGCGAUUCGAUCAAAUUGGAUAAGAACAAAACCAGCUCGAAAAUUACAAAUGGAGAAAACGGAUAAGAAGUUUUUGACAUAAAAAUGGUGUUAUGGAAGACUAGAAAAGAGUAGGUACGUUAACAGAAAGGUCUAACCUUCGAUAAAGAACCCUAAUCGAUAAACCCUAGCCGUUAGAAAUAGAGAAUGGAGAUUGGCUAUGA